UUCCUCUGGCCCAUCUGCUGCAACCUUUCAGGGAAUACUACUUACAAGCCGAGCUUUCUGUAGCAGCUCUAAUCCAGAUCAGGCAGUGAGCAAUCAGGCAGGGACAAUGAGCUACCUGGAUGGAGUGCCCUUCCGAACAGCCAUGAGCCUCGAGGGAGACUCUGUGGGAGAAACCACCUUAAUUGAAGCACCGACCAUAGACCUUCCUGACUGCACCGACAUCCUCAUGAGCACCAUGCACGACUUCUCACUGGAGCGAAAGGUGCAGUACUGGCUGGAGGCUGCCUCUCAGCACCAAACCUCCCGGCACCAGCUCCACACCGACGCCGUCCCCACAGCCCCACCGUGCUGGCUGCUGCUGGUGGACCCCUGCGAGGGCAAGGAGACAGCAGGGAGCAGAGUGAAGGAGGGCACGGUGCGGCGCAGCAUCAGCCUCAGUGCCGAGCAGGGCCGGGGAAGAGCCUCUGACUCAGAGAGUGAGGCUGGGUGCUCUGAGGACGAUGAGUACUGGGAAGACGAUGAGUAUUCCUCCACCUCCUGGGAGGAAAAUGACAGGGAGGAGAGCAUUCUGCGGAGGAGAAACCAGCAUGGCUUGCAGCAGAUCCGACCAAAGACGUCACCUGGCUUGUUGGAGCCUCCUUCAGAGAAUGGCUACAAGGCCGUGAGCCCAGAUCCAGGCAAGCAGAGGAGGUCCAUGAUUUUGUUCAACAACAUGAAAAAUGAGCUGGAAGCAGCCAGGAGGAAGCUGGCUGCGUUGGUGCAUCCUUUAAACAGAGCCACAGCUGAAAGCAAAGGGGCUCCCACACCACCAGCACUCCCCCAGCACUGCAGAAACAACAGGAGCCUCAAGUUCGGGCCAGCAGCAGAUGUGUCUCACACGGGAAGCCUGGUGCCUGCUCCCCCUGCAGCACCCAACGCCUCCAUGCCGCCCAUCCGCAAGCACAAGCCUACAGUCCCGUCCCUCAGCCCCUACUCCUGCCUGCCCCCCGCACGGCCGCUGUCGUCCCACAAAGCCAAGCCAGAUUCAGCAGCCGACCUGCUGUCAGCUCUGAGCCAGGAGGAGCGUGACCUCAUCGAGCCCGUCAUCGCCUUGGGCUACCCGGCCCGCAAAGCCAUCCUCACUCUUCAGAAGACUGGAAGGCAGAGCCUGGGGCAGUUCCUGGGCUACCUCCGUGCCUGUGACCGGUUGCUGAAGCAGGGCUAUGAGGAGGGGCAGGUGGAGGAGGCCAUGGAAAUGUUCCAGUACUCAGAGAAGAAGGCAGCUGAAUUCCUGCACUUGUUAGCUCAGUUCCAUGACAUGGGUUUCCAGCAAAAUGAAAUCAAAGAAGUCCUCCUGCUCUGUGGGAACCAGAGGGACAAGGCGCUGGAAGAGCUCAUGAUGAAGAGGCAGUGAGUGUGGCUGACACCAAAGGGGCAUCUGCACCUCCAGAGCAGGACGCAUCCCUUCAUGGGCCACGUUUACAAAUACAGCCACGUGCGGAUUCUCACACCAUGAUAUAAAUCAUCUGACCUGAUAGUUUUUACAGAAGCCGAGUGCUUUUUGCAGGCACGUUGGUUCUUCCUUUCUCGGGAAGAUUCACAGCAGACUUUAUGACAUUUGAAUGUUGUGAUGGGAAAUCUAGAUGUUAGCAGCUCCUCGUCAACUAGAAACUUUGAGAUAAAUGCACAGCUCAAUGAAGGGUACAGAGAGAACAUGGACUGCAGUUGCUCUAGAUAGCUGGUGUGUGAUUUUGACCCAGGACAGUGCAGGAUGUUUUAUGCAAGGCUUUAUACUCAGGAAAUCUGAACAGAGAGCUGGAGGACUGGCUCACUUCUGCCUUUUAUUAAGCAAAUUCAAAGGGUGCUUCUCUAAAUGGUGAAGACAGCGACUCAAAACCAGGUGUAGCACAAACACUGAGAUCAGGAGAACGUGGGUGCCUGGGGGAGUUCCUGUGCACGGCUAAGUAUGGACAGCAGGAGAUUCGGGUCGCCUUAGGAGAUGUUUCUCUUGUUUUGGCAGCAGAGCGAUGGAUGAUGUUCUCAUAUAGAAGUACAUUCUUUCCCUGUCAAUUAGUUACAGAUGUAAUUUAUCUGAGUAAAGAUGCUUGGAGGGGUUCUUAUAAAA